CUAUUUCUUUCAACAGCUGUUUCUUGUCAAUCGUUGAAGGUUUUCUGUCAAAUAGAGGCUUUAAUGUCGAUAUGUUUUAUAAAAUAGAUUUUUGUAGUUUCUUCAGAAUAAAACCAAAAUAUUCUUACAAGUUUUAACGCAAUUCUAUCGAUAGCAAUAACAGACUAACCUUUUUCCAAUGCUCAGGUUUAAGUGACUAAGUCUAUAACAUAAACAGAUGCAAAUCCAUAAACAUUGAUCGCCUAAUGUAUUUAAAAUUAGUAUCGUUUUCUUCAAAAACUCGUUAUUCCAAACUCUGUUUGGGAGUGUAAUCUUACCCUUUGUGAGUGUUGACAAUAUACAAAAAAAUGUUCGAGUUUUUUGAAACGAAAAUGUGCCAUCAGCCAUAGCAGUUUGUUAUGACUAUGUGAAUCCAUUUCAGUGCCGAAUUAUUUAAGAUUAAAGGUCAAUGCUUUUCCUGAAUUUUGUUAUUUGUAUUUGAUAUCAAAUAUAAAUUUUGCGCUAUGGCUGAUCUAGAAGCCGUGCUAGCUGAUGUUAGCUAUUUGAUGGCUAUGGAGAAGAGCAAAUGCACUCCUGCAGCCAGAGCAAGCAAGAAGAUUGUUCUUCCAGAUCCCAGUGUUCGGAGUGUCAUGCACAAAUACUUGGAGAAAAAAAAUGAGAUGUCUUUCGACAAAAUCUUCCACCAAACUCUGGGGUACUUGCUAUUCAAAGAUUUCUGUGAGAAUAUGGAGCCUCCUAUUCCUCAAAUUGGAUUUUAUGAACAGAUAAAAGAGUACGAAAAAUUAGAAACUCAUGACGAGAGAAAAGAAAAAGCUAAAGAAAUUUACGACACCUUCAUUAUGAAGGAACUUUUAGCUCGAACCCACGAAUACUCGGAAGAAUGCCUUCAACAUGUCCAGCAGCAUCUCAUGCGACAGGAGGUACCAGUCACUCUUUUCGAGCCUUAUAUUGAGGAGAUUUAUAAUCACCUCAGAGAAGAACCAUUCAGACAGUUUAUAGAAAGCGACAAGUUCACUAGGUUUCUGCAAUGGAAAAGUUUGGAAUUAAAUAUUAAGUUAUCGAUGAAUGACUUCAGCGUCCACCGUAUUAUCGGUCGCGGUGGUUUCGGUGAGGUCUACGGUUGUCGGAAAGCCGAUACGGGUAAAAUGUACGCCAUGAAGUGCCUAGACAAAAAACGGAUCAAAAUGAAACAAGGCGAGACUUUGGCGCUGAACGAACGCAUCAUGCUGAGCUUGGUUAGCACCGGACAGGACUGUCCCUUCAUCGUUUGCAUGACGUACGCCUUCCACACUCCCGACAAGCUGUGUUUCAUAUUGGACCUGAUGAACGGAGGCGACCUCCAUUAUCAUCUGAGUCAACACGGCGUGUUUACCGAACAAGAAAUGAGAUUUUACGCGGCGGAGGUAAUAUUAGGUUUGGAGCAUAUGCACAGGAGGUACAUCGUGUAUCGGGAUCUGAAGCCCGCCAACAUUCUACUCGACGAACACGGACACGUACGCAUCUCGGAUCUCGGUUUGGCUUGUGAUUUUAGCAAGAAAAAACCUCACGCCAGCGUCGGUACGCACGGCUAUAUGGCUCCCGAAGUGUUAUCUAAGGGAACGCCCUACGACUCGUCCGCCGACUGGUUUAGUUUCGGGUGUAUGCUCUAUAAACUUCUCAAGGGUCAUUCGCCUUUUCGGCAACACAAGACAAAAGAUAAACACGAAAUCGACAGAAUGACCCUCACCAUGAAUGUCGAGCUGCCCGAUUCGUUCUCUAAGGAUUUGAAAUCAUUAUUGGAGGGUUUGCUUCAACGUGAGGUGGACAAAAGAUUGGGCUGUCGCGGUGGUGGAGCUGACGAGGUAAAAGCGCACGUCUUUUUUUCCGGACUAGACUGGCAACAAGUAUAUAAUCAGAAAUACGGACCCCCUUUGGUACCGCCACGCGGAGAGGUUAAUGCCGCAGACGCGUUCGAUAUUGGCUCGUUCGACGAAGAAGACACCAAAGGCAUCAAACUUACGGAUGCCGAUCAGGAACUGUACAAGAACUUUCCUCUGGUUAUAUCGGAGAGGUGGCAGAAUGAGGUGGCCGAGACUGUGUUUGAGUCGGUUAAUCAAGAGGCUGACAAAAAUGAGAAGAAAAAACCAAAACAGAAGAAACUGUACGACGACGACAAAGAGUCCGACUGUAUACUGCACGGCUAUAUAAAGCGACUGGGAGGUCCGUGGUCGGCCUCAUGGCAGUUACGUUAUGCCAAAUUAUAUCCAAAUCGGCUGGAGCUCUAUCCGGAAGGUUCGCGACCCGAAAUGGUACUUAUGGAUCAGAUAGAGGAGGUAUCGGCGGAUCUACAGUCAGUCAAGAACGAAAGUUGUAUAGUGCUGCGGAUGCAUGGCCUCAAGGACGGGAAAAAAGAGAAAAUAACGUUAACCAACCCCGAUGAAAUCGGCCUGAAGGAGUGGCUUCAGUCGUUGAGAACCGCACACAAAUUGAGCCAAGAGUUGUUGGGAUCGAUGGCGCGCAAGGCCGGAAAGAUUUACGGAACAGACUCAAAUAGUAAAAACCCAAUCAUUAACAAAAACGCCAACGGUAAUUGAACCACGGGCGUAGAACAGUUUUUCGUUGGUACGCCCCGUUGAACUGGAGUUGUAAUGGAGUACCGGAAGUACAUUAUCAAGUACGAUGUGCGCAGGCGGAUGACGCUGGACAAGACUGCAUAAACUUCAAUCAGUAUUUUAUUUUCAAUUAAACGUCUCGUAGCGGAGGGUUUAACCAAAAUUAGGCAAUGCAUUCGGGACUGUUUACGCUACCAAAAUGCGAAUAGGAACAUUUUUUUAAAUAUGUAUGCGUCAAUUAACACGAGAAUCGGAACUCAUUUUUAUGUGAUUUUAAAUGGUUUGGAUUUGCAUAUCAAUUACAGUAUCUCCAAAAUUAGAAUCGCACUAUUUUUCAGUACCUGUUUGUUUUUCGUUAGUCAACUGCCGAACGCUCAAAUGUUGAUUGAUAUGUAGGCGGUAGUGAGGAUUUUUCACCUGUAUUUGACGUCACGUAAAACUUUGUUCUGGAACGUUUUUCCUUGGUUGAAAAUUGUUAAAUUGUUAGAGAAAUUCGUCGUCUCGUAAACACAGAGGGUGUAUAGUUUGUAUUUCUUCCCAAUAAACCAAAAAAAAAAUAAACGAGCAAUGUUUUCAUGACAUUUGCCGCUGACUAUUUAUGUGUAACCUAUUUAUUAAAUCGUCAUAUUUAAUUUUACAACGUACUAUUAAAUUCUUUUAUAUCAUUUAAAAUUCUAGAUUUUGUGUAUCAUAUACUACUUGUAGUACGAGUCAAACUUAUGUUCGAUUCUUUUUAUAUAGCUUUAUCUUGAGGAUGCAAUUGUAAUAAAUUUUGUAAAGGUUGUAAAAUGAAUAGCUUUGAAUUUGUCUAGUCAAAAAAAUCAAUAAAAGA